CGCCUCCUCCUCUGCGCAUGCGCACUGCACCUCCACUAAAGCAGGCCGAGAGACGCAGACACCAGAGGAGAACCGGGACAAACCGGGAGACACCGGGACAAACCAGGACACACCGGGACAGACACUAAGACACGGAGACACACAGACCACCCGGAGAGACCAGGGACAGCGGCGGAGGAGCGGCGGGUCCGCAGCCCGGAGCCUGAACGCGACACACGUAUGUAACAGUGAGAGGACAGCAUGAUGUCCUGGCCGUGGAUCCGCGUCCCCCUGGUCCUGGUGCUGGUGCUGUCCGUCCCCCAGGUGUCCUCAGGACGCGGGGACAGGACCCUCGUCUUAGAAGAACUUGUUGGAGCGGUAGUGAACGCCUCGGUGCUGGACGGACGAGGACAUGCUGUCCAGACGAUGAGCAGCGAGGACGGGACGUAUGGACAGAACUCUCCCAAAGUGGACACCAGGGGGGUGGUGCUGUCCCCGUCCCCCGUACACGGAGUGGUGGACCGGCAGGGCUGCGACCCGGCGACCCGCUUCCUGCCGCCCCCCCGCAGCGUCCACUGGGUGGCGCUGCUGCAGAGAGGGAACUGCACCUUCAGGGAGAAGAUCCUGAAGGCAGCUGCAUACAACGCUACAGCUGUACUCAUCUACAACAACUCUACUGACGACACCGUGAAGAUGGGCCACGAAGGUACCGGGGACACGGUGGCAGUGAUGAUCACAGAGGGCUACGGGAAGGAGCUCCAGGCCCACCUGGAGAGGAACCUCACGGUUCUGGUCUCGGUGUUCGUGGGUCAGCGCGGUCCGACUAAGAACAUCAACAGAGGCUCUCUGGUGUUCGUCUCCAUCUCCUUCAUCGUGCUGAUGAUCAUAUCCUCUGCCUGGCUCAUCUUCUACUUCAUCCAGAAGAUACGCUACACCAGCGCACGGGACCGCAGCCAGCGUCGUCUUGGAGACGCAGCGAAGAAAGCGAUUGGGAAGCUGAGCACGAGGACGGUGAGGAGAGGAGACAAGGAGACUGAUCCAGACUUUAACCACUGUGCGGUGUGUAUUGAAGCGUACCAGCUGAACGACGUGGUCCGCAUCCUGCCCUGCAAACAUGUCUUCCACAAGGUGUGUGUGGACCCCUGGCUGAACGAGCACUGCACCUGUCCCAUGUGUAAGCUGAACAUCCUGAAGGCUCUGGGCAUCGCGACGGCCGUCCCCUGUGUGGACGGGCUGGAGCUGGAUGUGGACCGGCUCCCUGUGGCGUCCAGCAGCCGCGCCCCCCCCCCAGGAGACCCCCCCCCCAUCAGCCUGGAGCCCCUCAGCCCCCCCCCCUCAGCCCGGAGGCCCUCUGACAUCACCAUCGCUGUCACCAGCGGAGGGUCCUUCUUCACCAGGACCUCCAUGUCUCCUCUGGUCUGUGAGAUGGAGCUGCCGGACCUCCAGAGCUCUCUGGACCUGUAUGACGACAACAACAAGUCCUGAGGGUUCCUGUGGGUUCCCGGGGGUUCCCGAGGGGUCCUGGGGGUUUCUGAGGGUUCCUGGAGGUUCCUGAGGGUUCCUGAGGGCACUGAUCACAUGGAAGAACAUCAAACAGCAUUAAACCUUCAGCCUGGAUCCAGGUCUCAGUUCAGACCCUUGUGACUUUGUUUUACCCAGAAGGAGAACCAGAGCUGGAUCCUUUAAUCCAGAGAACUGUGGACCAGGAGCCAGAACCUAAACCCUGUUCCUUAGGUGGACCUGAAUGUCAUGUUGCUGUUGAUUUCCUUAAAACGUUCCGGGAAAAGUUCUUGAAUCCCUAAAAGUGUUCUUGUGUUCCUGGAAAAGAGCUCCUGAAACAGGCCCUGAAUUCCUAAGGUUCCUCUCAAAGGUUCCUGAGCACCUAAAAACUGUUCUUAGGUCUCCGGAAGACUUUGGCCAUUCCUUAAAAGGUUCCUGGAAAGGUCCUGAGUUUAAAAAAUGUUUGCAUAAAAAGGUCAAAAGUUCUUAACUUGGUUUCUUGAAAAGGGUUCCUGGGUUCUGAAAAAGGUUCUUGGAUUCCUGAAAACUGGUUUCUGGAAGAGUUCCCAAGCACGUAAAGAGGUUCUGUUGGGUUCCUGAGCACAGAGAUUCGGAAAACAUUUCCCAGGUGAUACAGAUGUUCCUGGGUUCUCUAUGACGUUUCAGUUCCUACAAAGGUUCCCUGAUUCUGGACGCUUCAGAAAGGUUCCAGAGUUCUUGGAAAACGUGUCAAAGGACCUGAGACUUUUUCACCCGAACAGUCCAUCAGGACCAGAACUCUAACAGACCAUCAGGACCAGAACCCCAACAGACCCAAGACAACCUAAACCCAGAAGACAUUUCUGUCCCAAACUGAUGUUCUGAUGUUCUGAUGAACUGAUGUUCUAAUGUUCUGAUGUUCUGAUGAACUGAUGUUCUGAUGUUCUGAUGUUCUGAUGUUCUGAUAAACUG